AUGGAUCCUGUGCUUGCCGUCCCUUUGAGCUUUCACAACUUCUGGGUCACAGUCCUCUGCAUUCCCGUAUUGGUCUGGGCGCUGCAGAUUGGGUACCGGCUACUUGUUGCUGUGUUCCUGCACUACCGCUUGAAUAUGAGUAGGCCGCUGGUUCUCGAUCGGAUGAGCAUUUUUGCCGAUGAUUUCCAGCAGAUCAUUCGCCAGCACUUCAAUCAGAUCCUGCGAAUUCGCCGGACAGUACCUUCAAAGAUGAUCCCUCAAGUGCAGCUCAUCGUUCAUGUCCAGCCUGAAAGUUUGGCAGCUCAGCCUGACCCAGCAGGUGACCGACUCAGCGUAGAGUUUUCGGUGGAUGCCUCGCAUCCCUGUGCCGCCAACCUCUUCUGGGGAGUCACAGGCCAAGCAUGUCAGGAGCUGAUCCGGUCCUGUGAGAGGCGCACGGAUGGGCCCCUCCUGUUUGUGGACCCAGAAAGCGCCGCCUUCAGCGUAUUUCCCAGUGGCCAGUUCGCGCAUCGAUCCACCGUCACCAUCCCGGCUGGGCUUGGGCAGCCUGUGAGACUAGAUGAAGACCUGGCAGCCAUCAAGCGAUCUGGCUACGACGUGCUGCAAGCUGCCACGAAGAUGAGCAGUGGCGCAGACAGCAGGAUUCCGCUUGUGAUUUGUGCGGGAGCUCCAGGGCGUGUUCCAGAUGACAAGCAUGCGAAUGUGCAGCUGACUUUCGUGCGGUUCAGAAGUGAGAGCUGUUCUGGGCCUGUUCAGUCGGAAGUUGUCCGGCAACUGGUGGCAUCCAAGAACGCUUUCCAUCAGAUUCUGGGAAUCUACGGCUAUGAGGAGGGAGAUCGAGAAACUGAGUGCAUGGUUUGCUACGAUCGCCCACGCAGCGUCAUCGUCCUGCCCUGUCGGCAUUGCUUCGUGUGCCCCUCCUGUCCCUGGGCCCUCGCUUCACCUACAAGUUGUUAUAAGGGAUUACAACAGACGCCCCCAAAGGUACCUCCCCGGGGGGUAAUUACUAUUGUAACCCCUUAUGUUAGGGAAUGGAGGCGUGGAUCGCCGAAAGUAGCUGCAUAUCGUCUGUAA